UCGAUGGUGGUAUUCGCACUCGCAGAUUCAUCACUGCUCUUCAACUGAAACCAGAACACCUGACAGCAUGUCUUACCCCUGCAACUCUGGAAACUUCUCCUCACAGUCUUAUGGAGGUUUCCUGAGGCAGCCAGUCUCCACCUACAACUCUUUCUACCCAACCGGCAACGUAGUCUAUUCUCCAAAGAACUUCCAGCUGGGCUCCUCAUUCUACAACGGACAGCAGGAGACCUUCGCUGAGCCACUGGAGAGCCACUCACCAUGUGUGGGCAACAGAUCCUUCCAGACAUCCUUUUACCGGCCCCAGACAGCCUUUUUCAGCAUCCCCAGCCAGGGUGGCUUUACCGGAUCUUUUGGAUACGGCAAUUCUGGUUUUGGAUCUUUUGGGUUUGGAAACUCUGGCAUUCGUUCUCCAGGCUAUGGGUCCAGCUUCUAUCGCCCAGGCCACUUUUCUUCCAAGAGUGUCCAGUCAUCUUACUACCAGCCAGGCUAUAGCUCUGGCUUUUGCGGGUCAGCUUUCUGAACAUCCUGGUCGACCCAUGAUGGUUUCUCUACCUUAAGGAACUCAAACGGCUUCUCAAACAUCUAGGAUUCAUCAAUGAACAUUUGUUGCUCCAGGACUCAGCAUCAUAAUCUAUUUGGAAGCAAGUGAUUUUUUUUUUUUUGAUGAUAAAGUAAUAUUGACCUUUGACCUUUCAACUCUCCUACAAGAAAAAGCUGGCAUUUUAACUAUUAGGUAAAUGCUUGGAUCAUUUCUGAUACUAUUCAUUUUUCUAAGUUUCUUCUAUCAUUAUUUUCUGAGCAUUUCUCCAUUCAAGUUUAUUAUAAAUAAACUUAUAUCUCUGGCAUGAA